AUGCAAGAAACAGAACGUCAGGAGUUGACCGAACGGUCCACUGCCCUCAGGGCAGAAUUAAAAUCAUGGGAAAAGGACUUCGCAGCCGCGAAUGAUGGCCACAAAGCCUCGCGCGAGGAUAUCAAAAAACACCCUGAUAUUGCUGCUAAAUAUAAAGAAUAUAACAAAGUGCGAGAUGUUCUUUCCGGGAAAAUCAUACCUAGCAAGGAGGAGCCCAAACGCCAGACACCUCAAAAGCGAAAACACGAGGGAGGACAUGUGGCAUCCAAACGGCAACAUAUAAUACAAACACCUUCGAGGGGGGAAAUUAAGCCUUGGGAUGUUGACCCAUAUGACUCGCCAUCAGUUGUACGAAAUCUCUUCACACCUUUAAAGAAGACAGCCUUGGGCCCAACACCACAGAAGGAUGGGCAGGUACUGGGAUUGUUUGAUCUUCUUCAGGAGGAUCCUUCGCCGUCGAAAACAGAAACCACUAAAACGAUAGGUACUCAUAUACCUGUCCAUUCGACACCCCGAAAAUCAAAGCUAGAGAAUACGCUCAGACACAGCAGAACUCCAGCAUCAACAGGGAAAAGAUACAUGCUAGACGCUUUUGCUACCCCACUGAAGAACCGGCAUCCUAACGACCACGGAAACAAAACUCCGUCAUCGAUCUCCAAAUUACAUUUUUCCACGCCCUCGUUCUUAAGACGAGAUAGCCAGAGGACGCAGCUGCCCGUCCUUAAGGAGAAUGAGGACGGCAUCUCGAUAUCCCCAGAAAUGAUACGUGUUCCACGAAAACCUCUGGUGCGUGGUCUAAGUAGUAUGCUAGCCGGUCUUCGGAAAAUGGAAGAAGAAGCCGCAGAUGACGACCUGGAAGCCCUGCGCGAGAUGGAGAAUGAAAUGGCUGGUAUUCCCAGCAAACCUGCACCGAAGCAGCAAGUAGCAGCGCCCAAAGAGCCGGUCUUGGUCGAAGAUAGUCAACCAAGGCUACCACUAGGCGGAUUCGAUGAUGAAGCAAUGUACGACAGUGAGCCUGAAGAGCCGAAAGAUCGCGGCGGCGAGCCCCUAAAAGUCUACAAAAAGAAAGGCCAAAAACGAACAACAAGACGAGUAAACAUGAAACCCAGCCGCUCAAAGCCUCAAUCGCAGGCUGCUGUCCCAACUACCGAAGACAGCGACGACGAGCUUGCCACCGGUCCUAAUGACGAAACAGUCCCGGACACUCAGAUUGACGAUGACUUUACAGCAGGAUUUGAAGAUGUGCGGAACUUCGAUUCGGAUACUCAAUCUGAAUACACUGCUUCGGAAGGCGGGACGAGGUAUAGGAGACCGGAUCAGAGUAAGAAGCGGAAGGUUAUGGGCAAGGAUGGGAAGAUUAAGACUGCGGCGAGGAAGGUUGGUGCUCUAGCACACCAGAAUUUCAAGAGGUUGAAGUUGAGGAAUUCGGGGGCGAAAGGGGGGCCGGCUCAUAAUAGUCGGUUUAGGAGGCGGAAGUGA